AUGCCUGCGGCCGGUACUAGUCGUCGGCGCUCCCGUAGAGAGCCCGUGGAAGAACCUGUAGCGGAAGACCAAGGAGCGGAUGCUCAGGAAGACAUUGAGGAAGAGGAGAGGCCUGCGCGUCGGUCUUCCAAGGUCGUGAAGAAGGAAGUCAAGUCAGCGAGGAUUAAGGUGGAUGAGAGUGAUGACGAGAAAGAUGAGCAAGUCGAAGGGCGAAUAGACGUUACGAAUUUCAAGGAUCAGCCCCUUGACGUGAAGGAGGGGACGAAGCUGGGUGGACUGGCUUCUGACUGGGCUACGAUGGCCAAAACCUUGAACUCGUCGGCUUUUAAUGCUCUCAAAGAGCUGGCCCCGUCCAUGGCUGAGGCCGUGGACGGUGACGAGGGUAGCAAGUCCUUAAUAGAGCUAGAGAGUACCAUGAGAGACCUCAUUGAUCUUGAAAGCGAGAUGGGAUGCUACGAAAAGACGCUAGACGAGCUACACCAACUAGUCAUCCAAGGUGAAAAGAUCGACGAUGUCAUGAGCCGUUAUGAAGAGAAUCUGGCAGCGAAUAUCGACGAGUACAAGGCCAAGACUUCGCGGCAGAAGUAUGGAAAGCAUCAGGCAUAUGUCGACUUCAGGCAACGAAUAUUUGAAGUCCAACAACCUGGACAAGCUAUGCCACCUAUCAACGACUUCCUACCUAAAGAGGACGGCGACGACAGCGAUGACGACGACGAAAUCGAAAUCGGGGGGAUGACACAGGACUACAAAUGUCCUCUGACGCUGACCAUCCUCGUGAACCCUCUCACGUCGAAACACUGCCACCAUUCAUUCUCUGCAGAGGCAAUCAGGGACUACCUCAAGCGCGGCCCAAAGACCUGCCCUGCCGCUGGCUGCAAACAACAAUUAACCCUCGAUGAUUUGGAAGAAGACAAGGACCUUGCAAGGCGAGCGCAAGCCGCCGCGCGGCGAGAAGCUAGGAGGGAGCAGGAUAGUGAUGCAGACGAGGUCGUCGAGUGA